CAACAACGCGCCUAAAUAUCGGCGCUUCUCAAGCAACAGCUAGUAAACAACAACUCAUUCAUCUCGCCGAAUACGACACCGUUCUGAUCAUUUAAACAAUAAUUCAGAUUCUUCCUUUUUUCCUUCGAAUCUUAAAACCCAUUAGCUCUCUCUCAAUCCGAUCGUCGCUCGAUCAAUGACGUACAGCGAUGGCGUCGACAAGACGGUGCCUGAGCUGAAACUGAGAAUCGAGGAUUCCGAAAAGGGAGAUUAUGUGAAACUAAGAGGAGGAUCGGACGAAGAAGAGCAACGAUCUCCGGCGGAAUCGUCGGGAUGUUCGUUAGGGUCUGUCUGGUUCUGGGUUAAAUCGAUCGCCCUCGUCGCUUGUGUUGGUGUAUUAGCAUUUGUAAUUAUCAAAUGGGUUGCUCCAUUUUUGAUCGAAAAGGAGCUGAUUCCAUUUAUAAAUUGGGUGAGAAGCACAUUCAGCAUCCCGGUGCUAGGUCUUCUCCUCUUUGCCUCGGUUGCUUUGUUCCCAAGCAUUCUUCUUCCUUCCUCUCCUUCCAUGUGGAUGGCCGGUCUUACGUUUGGUUAUGGGAAAGGGUUUUUAUUGAUUUUAUCGGCAGCGUCGAUAGGUGUUACUCUUCCUUUCUUGAUUGGACAUCUCUUCCUUCACAAGAUGCAAGAAUGGUUGAAGCAAUACCCGAAAAAAGCAGCCAUACUUCGAGCAGCAGGCGAAGGAACCUGGUUUCAUCAGUUUCAAGCAGUCGCGUUAAUCCGUGUCUCGCCAUUCCCUUACAUGGUUUACAACUACUGCGCAUUGGCGACUGGAGUUCACUACGGUCCUUACAUCUUAGGCUCUCUUGUUGGAAUGGUUCCUGAGAUCUUUGUCUCAAUCUACACGGGAAUAAUGCUGAGAACGCUAGCUGUUGCAUCAGAUAAGAGACACACUCUUUCGGUCGUGGAGAUAGUAGUGAAUGUUCUUGGUUUCUGUGUAACUGCGAGCGCGACUAUAGUCUGCACUAUCUAUGCGAAGAAGAAGCUAAGCUCAAUGCAAUCAGAUGAAGUAGAGACAUUACCAAACGUUUAAAGAGCCAUCAUAUAAUCUUCUAACACGGAUCUUGGAACACAUCAUAUUAUAUAAAUAUUUUGUUUUUUUAAUAUUAAUUUGGAAAUGUAUAUCUCUGCUUUAUUUUUCUUGUAUAUAUAUUCUCAACUGAAUUUUGAAUUUCUUAUAUCUCAUUAGAUCAUCUAUAUUUUUUCCCAUA